GCACGUUUGAGAUUCAUUUUCUUAAUAAAUGCCCUCCAUCAUGGGAAAAAUGCCUCAAGAACAUGCUGUUAAAAACACAAAAGAUACACUGUUUUCAUCCUAGUGAAAACAAAGACAUAAAUGAAAGCGUUUGACAGCCCACGAACCGAUGGGAGCACGUGACUGGGCCUGGGGUCAACUCCAGAACCGGUGUUUUCAAAAACAGCCCUUCCCUGUCACCUGAACGCAUCCGGACUCGAUUGGACGAACCUGGUCUUCGGGGGAUUCCGGAAGCCUCACGUGACACCAACUCUGCACCGUCGUUGGUGGGAGGCACGUGUCGGUGUCUGUGCGCUUACGUCACGGCAGAGCGUUCCAGCCAAUCCGAGAGGAGGAACGACGACUGGAGUAAAAUCUUUCUCCCGCUAGAAGCCGCGUCCCGGCUGCUCGGUGAUUAUUGUCCGCCUUGGGUUGCAGAGCAGAGGAAGUUCCAGCUGCUCUGAGCGGGGGGACGCGGUUCUGCUGCGGGACGGUCCGGGGAUCGAGACCCGCAGGAUGUCAGAAUCACCUCAGGUGUCCCACAGACUCACACCCACAAUAGAAAGCUGCCUCUCUUUAGUCGCUCGGGUUCUGGACGGAUCCAGAGUCCGAGGGGAGCGAUAAAAAGCGCGCAGCAGCUCAUUAAAGGAGCAGGUGGAGGAGCGGAGUGAUGGAGGAAAACAACCCCGAGGGCCCGCAGAACUUCCGCCAGGAGUCCAGCCGCGGCGUGUGGCCCCUACUGCAGCCGCCGGGCCACCAGAACCAGCCCACCAACUUCUACAUCGACAACAUCCUCAGGCCGGACUUCGGUCUACCGAGGACGCGCGGAAAGGAGGCCCCAGAGGCCGCGGAGCACCGCGCCGGGAGGAGGGCGCACAAACCGGGGGCCCCGAAGGCCGCGGCGGCCAGAGGAAAACAGAGCGGGGGCCCGGACCGAGGCUCGCACCUGGAGCCCGGGGACAGCGAGGGGAAGGUCCGGGCCCACGAGCAAGGCAGCGACUCCAACGCGGCCAAGCCGAUGCUGUGGCCCGCGUGGGUUUAUUGUACCCGGUAUUCGGACCGUCCGUCAGCAGGGCCCAGAUCCCGCAAACCAAAGACCGCCGCAGCUGCUCCGCGCAAGGAGGACAAGCGGCCCCGCACCGCCUUCAGCUCAGAGCAGCUGCAGCGCCUGAAGGAGGAGUUCCAGCGGAACCGGUACCUCACGGAGCAGCGGAGGCAGAGUCUGGCCCGGGACCUUGGCCUCAAGGAGUCCCAGAUCAAGAUCUGGUUCCAGAACAAGCGGGCCAAGAUCAAGAAGGCCUCGGGCGGGAAGAACUCUCUGGCGCUCCACCUGAUGGCGCAGGGACUCUACAACCACGCCGCGGCCAAGGACGGCAAGUCUGACAGCGAGUAGGACUCGAACCCACGACGAAAACCCCGAUGCAAUAAUCUAAGUUCCCAAACUACCGCAUGUUGGUGUGUUGGGGGGGAGUGGAGGUCCUGCGUUCAAAUCAAAUGCGCUCCGGCUGACGCCGUGCGCGUGAGCGCGGACAGUGGAGGGCUCAGAGAGCACGCGCUCAUUGGUCACGUGACCUCAGUGGGCCUCGAAUUGGACACAAGCGAGAGAGGAGGUUAAGUGAGAGGGUUGGAACCCGAACCCGGGCGGUUCAGACCUGCAGGUGAGCGCACGUGAAGCGGCGCAUGCGCCCAGCGGAGCGCUUCAAACUUUUAUUUUUUUUGUCACAUUCCGCACAUGAGGGGGUGAUAAACUGUUUACCACCUCCCUACUCAGGCCCUUCCCGCGCUGUCUGCUGCGAGGAGCGAACUCCGCAAUUGCGCAAACCUGCGAAAAAUCCGGGGGAAAGGACAAAAACCCGCAAAGAAGGGCUUUCAAUAGAUCUGCUUCCACCCUUUAAGCUGAAGAUCUUUGCAGUUGUCAAAACAAGAAGACUUUUUUAUUAUUAUAUUAUUAUUAUUAUUAUUUUCCUCUGCGCUGCCUUCAUCCGAGCCUUAAAGGAGUCACGAGCUCCUUCACAAAAAGCAGAAAGAUUUUGCGCUUUCUCCUUCAUGACUGGAAGCAACAAACCCAAAGACUUUUUUUUUUAAUUUUUACUACAAAGCUUCACUUUCUCUUUUCCCGUUAUACUUGAAAUAUAAAUUCUGUUUUAACCAGACAGGAACCGGAUGGUGCAUUCAAAAUUUUUUGAGUCAAAAAGAUUCUGCCUCGAGAUGUCACAAAGUCUUCGGUCGUUUCCUGCUUUGCUCUGCACUUCUUUUUCAUGCAGCGCAUUUCAAUAACAAAGCAUCACAAAGAAGCUGCGACCUCCAGGACUUGAGUUUCUGUCUGUGUCAUAUUUAGACUGAACGUUUGUGUUUUGGAUUUUACAGUUUAAUGUGAGGAAAAAAAGCAUGAAUCCACAUUUAAACAAAUAAAUAAAUACAAGUAGAAAAAGAAGGGAUAUAUAUAUAUUUUUUGUUUCCAAUUCCUCUUUUGGGAUACUUUUCUGUUUUUGUGGGUUUUGAACCUCCGAAAAACGUGUUUUGUAUUAAAAUAAACAUUUUAUUUUCUAUUUUUACCAGAGGUUAUUACAGUUUUUGUUCUAUUUCCAAAGCUUUUCAUACCAAAUUAUUCAUUAAACCAAUUUUAUUCUCUAC